AUGGCGCUGUCUCGUGGUGGACGAAUGUCAUCGUUGCCCGGUGGUUUCGAAAUGACGAAACUGCUCAGUGCCACCGAAAUAGCGAACAAUUUGAACGAAUUAUUCCCCGAAAUUCAUUGCACCCCAGCUGAUAUCCAAAAACCAACGUGUGAUGUAGUAUGCGAGAUAUAUUGGUACAUCACCCGGCAGAUCAUGGAUAUUCCGGAUACUGCGUACACGAUGCUGCCGUUUACGUUUCAUAGCGAAUUCGGUAACGAACUAUUCCAAAAAGCGUGGCUAAAAAUGGUUGUUUUUGAAGCGAUAUCGGCAGUUGUGGAAGAUAUUUCAUCAGAUGAGACGCAGUUCACGUUGCUGGAUAUGAUUGCACCGAGAGCCGAUACCACUCGAAUUUUCCUUUCAAUGCUUAUCAAUUUCAUUCAUUUUUCAUCUGCCAUAACGAAGGCGAAAAAACGGGAUUUUAUCGAAUUAGACAAUCAGGCGGAACGCCUGGAUGCGGAAUGCAAUUUUGACAAACAGACGUACGAUGAGUUGCAAACAAGGAUAUGCGUUCUGCAGCAAGAAUUCAAGGAAACAUAUGAAGAAGUUCAAAAUUUGGAGAGUGAACUGAAGGCAUUAACAGAAACCAACAACGAAGAACAAACGAAAUUGGUACCGGUUUUUUAUCUUUUUGGCAAAUUAUAA